AUGAUAUCCUUAAAUUUUGGAGUCUGUGAGAGUCUCUUGAAGGAAGAAGCAGCCAAGUUUGAGCAGCUUCAUCACAAGUUCAUGAAAGAAAAAGCUGAUCAUCUACAGGGUCUGAAAGACACUGUUUCCAAAUUUGAGGAAGGCAAGGAGAGGCUCUACAUGCGAUAUGAGCAACAAAGGAAGAAGGAGAAGACAAUGAUAUCGGAACAGGAGAGGUUCUGCACUGAAAAAAUUGCUCAAUUGGAAGAGUCGCUGAACAAAAAAGAAACGGGUAAACAAAUAGCCUUACCAUAUAGUUGUUAUAUCACUUUUAUCUUGUUAUAUGACUGAACCAUGAAUUUUUGGGUGGGCGGGUGUAGGAUGACAAAACUUUCAGUAUAUUGACGAAAACUCUCGGCUUUUUAUGGAGAAUGAAGCUUCUGAUGAAGAGUUCCCACCUGAUGAGUGAAACAUUCUCUCACUUGACGCUUAAGAGAAAAAAAAAGGUUAAAAUAGCUUUACCCUCUCUAACUUUGAUCAGCCGUAUAUUUUACCAACUAUAGCAGAAAACAAUAGUCUUUUCUGAAGUAGUGUUUGAAGACUUUGAAUAUUAUAGGCAUGAAUGACCCUUGUUGCCUUCUAUUCUAUGUUAUAGUUUCAAAUGACAGAUUAAUUACAUAAAAUAUAAGCAGAUCUUUGUCAGAUAUGUUUUCACAUCAGGAAUCAUAGAUAUGGGAUCCAAUUCGACUCAGAACCAUAUUAGCU